UUUGCCCGGCAGUGCCCUGCACUCUCACUGGAACCUCCACACAGAGCCGGACGGGAGAAAAAAAAACAACAACACUUUUUUAAUUUCACUUCUUGAAGCUGGCAGCUCCCCCGGCUGGGCGUCACUCCUACAGGAGCGCAGAGAGUCUCUCAUUCCCUCCCGUCUCUCCUUGAGCGGAGCGCAAACAGGAGUUCCACCAAAGUCUCCGACGCGCAGCGGAGAUGGUGACUUUACAGCCGGGAUCUGAAAGCAGCCCCAACUGAUCUACUUCUUCCUGACCCGCAGUGCGUCACCUUCAAACCCCAUAAGAGUCUCCAAAGUUUCCCAGAGUCUGCGCAGCGCACGUGGAAGAAGCGAGUCCAGGCAACGUUCAUGAGUUUUAAAGUCAUACGCAAGUGAGAAGAGGGUGUUGGAGCUGAAGUCUCUAAUCUCCAAUGAUGUCUUCCAUGCGAGCAACGCCUCCUUUUCACCCGUCGUCUGAGGAGGCGGAUCUGAUGGGUCAGGACAACGCGGCCUGGGCCGGAGAAGAGCGAGAAGGUCCGACGGUGAUGGCGUCGCCCCCUUUGGACGAUCAACCCCACCCGGAGGACGUCCAGCUCGCCGGGAAGAAAGCAGCAGACGUUGAGUGGGAAACAUCCGCUCCCCCCACUGGGACGGACAAUGAAUGCAGCAAAGGCUGCUCUGGCUACGCUUACCGGACUAACUCCUCCUCUCCUACCAAGCCAGAGGAGUGCUCCAGAGAUCGAGGAGAGUCUGUGAUCGGCCUGGCCUUUGGGACUCCGGAGCGGCGUAAAGGAAGUCUGGCUGAUGUGGUGGAUACACUGAAACAGAAGAAGCUUGUGGAGCUGACCAAGUCCGAACAAGAUGAACCCUCUUGCAUGGUGAGGCUGCUUUCCAAAGACUGGAAGGAGCACGUUGAAGGCCUUAACGCCAACGAACUGCUGGGGGACGUGAAAGGUACACCGGAGUCACUUGAGGAAAAGGAGCGGCAACUUUCAACCAUGAUUGGUCAGCUGAUCAGUCUGAGGGAGCAGCUUCUGGCUGCCCACGACGAGCAAAAAAAAAUGGCGGCAUCACAAAUGGAGAAGCAGAGACAACAGAUGGAGUUGGCAAGGCAGCAGCAGGAACAGAUUGCCAGACAGCAGCAGCAGCUUUUGCAGCAGCAGCACAAGAUCAACAUUCUCCAGCAACAGAUUCAGGUCCAGGGUCACAUGCCUCCUCUGAUGAUCCCUCUGUUCCCUCACGACCAGCGCUCUCUGGCUGCUGCCGCCGCUGCACAGCAAGGCUUCCUCUUCCCACCCAGCAUGUACAACAAGCCAGGUGAGAAUUACCCAAUGCAGUUCAUUCCAUCAACAAUGGCAGCCGCCGCAGCAUCUGGACUCAGCCCGCUACAACUGCAGCAGCUGUAUGCCGCACAGCUGGCAAGCAUGCAGAUCUCACCAGGAGCCAAGAUGGCUCCCCUCCAACAAGCUCCUAACUCCUCCGGUCCUCUUUCACCACCCAACCUCAAGAGUGAGAAACAAGUAUCCAGCCCCGUCACUCAGAUUAAGGAAGAGGGAUCCACACAGCCACUCAACCUCUCAGCCAGACCUAAGACAGCCGAGCCUUAUCGCUCUCCAUCAUCACCAACACAGAGCCUGCUACCUGGAAACAAGAGCAGCCCGAGCAACAUGGGCAAGGGUCGCAUCCCCAGCCCCAUCCCCAUCCCAAGCAUGGGCAGAAACACCUCCCUGGACAUCCUGUCCAGCCUUAACUCCACAGCAUUGUUUGGGGACCAAGACGCGGUGAUGAAAGCCAUCCAGGAGGCCAGGAGCAUGAGGGAGCAGAUCCAGAGGGAACAGCUCCACCAUCAGCAGCAGCAGCCGGGCCACCAGAGUCUGGAGGCCAAACUGUCCGCACUCAGCAGCAUGAACCUAAACAACAGCAACAAGGAGAGGCUGCAUUAUGAGACUCUGAGCCAGCACCUGGGGAAGCUGGGAGAGGAUGCAGGGAAGAUGGUCCAUCGAGUCAUUGACCUGACUAGACCAGAGGAUCUGGAUGGGAAUACUAUCACAGAGGCGCGAGUGUUCAGAGAGGCACGCGGCAGGAACAGCAGCGAGCCCCACAUCAAGAGGCCCAUGAACGCCUUCAUGGUUUGGGCCAAAGACGAGAGGAGGAAGAUUCUGCAGACCUUCCCUGACAUGCACAACUCCAACAUCAGCAAGAUCCUGGGUUCUCGCUGGAAAGCAAUGACCAACCAGGAGAAGCAGCCGUACUAUGAAGAGCAGGCCCGCCUGAGCAAAAUCCACUUGGAGAAAUAUCCCAACUACAAGUACAAGCCACGGCCCAAGAGGACCUGCAUCAUCGACGGCAAGAAGCUGCGCAUCGGGGAGUACAAGCAGCUGAUGCGCUCACGGCGUCAGGAGAUGAGGCAGUUUUUCGUGGGGCCUCAACCCCAGAUUUCUCUCGGCAACAGUGCAGGAGGUGUAGGAGUUUACCCAGGCGCAAUAACCAUGGCAACAACAGCAACACCCUCACCACAUCUGACCUCAGACUGCUCGAGCACCUCGGGCAGCCCUGAACCCAACAUCCCGGUCAUCCAGAGCACAUACGGGGUGAAGUCGGAGCCCGGCGGGGGCAGCAACGGAGCAGGGGUCGGCGCUAUGGAUCUACCCGGAGACCCCGCAAACGGAGACGAUGACAUGGACAUGUACGAGGACUUUGAAGACGAGCCCAAAUCGGACUAUAGCAGCGAGCACGAGACGAGGGAGGUGGUUAGCGCCAACUGACCACGAUGGGAGCGUGUAAAAAUUAAAAAGAAAGGGGGAAUCCUUUUACACCUAGAGACAAACUUUAUUAGAGACCUCCAGGUAAACUAUCAGGACAUGUUCAUGCAUUUACAAGGCACGCCCAUUUGCUCAGUGAGCGGUGGAACAGUCUCAUGACAGGCGCUCCUGUUGAAGACCAGCGGGGGGCCGACUGGGCAGAAAGGGUCCCACGAACACAACCUCAAUAAUCAUUCAGACUUUGACAUGACAAGGAGCUGCAGUUUCCUACACUCUGACAAUCGUUAAAGGAGCAAGAAGAGCGAGACAAGGAACAAAUGUGCAACAAACACAUCACACACGCCGUGGAGAGCAUGCAUUGUUUUUUUUUUGUUGUUUUUUUUUUUUUUUAAGCAUCAACAAAUGCUCUUUGACAGCUAUUUGGUCUUAAAUGUUUAAAGAGUGUGUUAGUUUUACUAUUAGGAUGUAUUUUACUUUUUGUGACCCCGUUUUGUUUCAGCGUUCCAUCAAUCUCCCUGACAGGCUUCGCUGCCUGAACAAACUCUGGACUGUUGGAACUUGACAUUUGGAAAUUUUUUAAUAUAAAUUCAAACGUUGUGUUUUCUUAUAGUCUUACUUUGCUUUCAUUUCAACACAGUGCUAAACUCUGUUUUUCUCCCUCUGACAAACUGCUUAGAUUACGUUACUGUUAGAUUUUUUUUUUAAGAAAUAUCCCUGCUCAGGUAAGAUGUGCCAGCUUGUGAAUGUCUUUUUUUGUUUCCAUCUAAGUAGGACUUUAAGAUGUUCCAUAGCUAAGACUUUUCAGACUGUCAGUGAAAUAGAGGGAGUGAAAUCGCUUAUUAUGAUGAUGAUGAUUAUUAUUAUAUUAAGGAAGGAAUUACCGGGACAUUGUACAGGAUUUUUUUUUUCUAAUGUGCCAAACAUUCAUUUUUUCCCCCCCCAGGAUGUUCUAGUCUUAAUUAAUGCAAAAAAUAAGAAGUCUUAUACAAUCAACUUUUCUAUCUAACAUGAUUGUUUUAAAUAGAUAGCUGGUUCCCCGCCUGAUCCAAUCAUAGCCAGCGCUCAGGGAGGAAAUCUUUACAUGUCAUGUUGGUCCAGUUAGCCGUUCAGACGCAUAGAAGAACUGCAGCUCAUAUUUCCAGCUGGUGUUUUCAUAAACCCUGUUCUCUCUCUUUCCAAAUCAGUUUGCUGUAAGCACAGUAUCUGCUGUAUCCGCAUUUAUGUCCAUCCCUUUAAAUCGGGCUAAUAACAAAGGUACAUUUUGGCUCCAGUAUUAUUUUUAAGGCAUAAUCUAUCAUUUUUGAAGUCAUGAUUUGUUUAAAGGUUAUAGGCAGUUGAAUUCUUACCUGAAGAAAGCGACUCUCCAUUGAUAUGCAUCUAUGAUAGCAGGAGUCGGAAGAAAGGGUUAAUGCCUUGUUAACAGACAAAAAAGGUUAACCCCUUGAUGCCUGUUGUCGCAAAUACGCAACAAAAAGAUUAAACCGUGUGAAUCAGCUAGUACAGUGCGUGUUUCGUGGUCUUCUCAGU